AUGAGCUUUGCUCACUCCUUUUGUUACUAUAACCAUAGAAAGGUUCAGCAAGACAUUGAUAUAGCAAGCCUUGUUCAUCUCCGAGUAACACACAUCGAUGGGACCGUCCGGAAUGUGGACAGGGACGCUCUCGGCACUACCAUCUCGUCAGAAACUACGUUUCUGGGCUGGGUAGCACCCGGAAACACCAGUGUGCUGUUCCAUACAGACCUACCUCAGACAGACAAAUUCAUGGGAAGCUCCAUCGGAUUUCUCCUCCUCGGUCGACUUUCAGACCUGUACGGACGGAGGCACAUCAUCGUCGGAACCUCCCUUCUGGGAGUCGUCGGCUGCCUCCUCGGCUCCUUUGCGGUCAACGCCGAGAUGCUCAUCGCCGCCAAUAUCUGUAACGGAAUGGCUGCUGCCGCCCAGCUACCUCUUGGAGUUGCUGUGGCCGAACUCGUGCCGAACAAGGACAGAGCAAGAACAGUUGCUGGUACUUUGGUGCUGCCAUUCCUUGUUGCUGGUUUGGGCUCUGCCAUAAUCCCAUCCAUGUUAGACGGUGGCAGUCCGGUGCAAUGGCGUUGGGGCUAUUACACGGGAGCAUUUCUCGCUUUCGUUUCCUCUCUCUUGUAUUUGGGGCUUUAUCGCCCACCUUCGUUCAAGCAGCUCAACAUGGCUGGGAAGACCAAGCUUGAGAUGAUCAAGCACUUGGACUUUGUCGGCAUCUUCCUUUACGUCUCUGGCUGUGUUUUGUUGCCACUCGGGUUCUGUUUGGGAAUCUCCUCGUACCCUUCUGUUGGCAAGGAGGUAAUUGGAACCCUAGUAGGUGGUUUCUCAGCGCUCGUCUUGUUCCCUCUCAUGCCUCCAAAGAUGUUCAAGGAUGUCCAGUUCGCAAGUCUCGUUGCUUGUGCAACUUUCUCCUCGAUGGUUUUCUACGCCCUCACCGUCCUCUGGCCAUUUGUUAUCGGAAAGGUUUUCAACAAGGACUCGCACACGAUUGCUUGGUCUGCCUCACUGCUACCCUUUGGUGCCACACUCGGAAUAGCCUUGACAGCUGUUCCGUCACUACGUGCGUCAGGUGUGGCUCUGGCUCUCAUGGCUCCAUUAUGCACUAUAUGCCGCCAAGGACUAAUUGUUCUGGUGGGCAUAUGUGCUUCUUUUGCCCUUGGUCACAUUGUUGCCGUUGUCAUCACUGGUGUCACCCUUGUCUGGGAACCGCAAGAUAUCGGCCUCGCAUCAGGAGUCCUCGGCUCAAUGUGUAGCUUGGGCUGUGCCUUCGCAAGGGCAUUAGUCACCUUGUUAUUGAGGAAAAAGCUGGAGGAGGAGCUGACCAAGUCCGUCACGCCAGUUGCCUUGAGCGCUAUCCUGCCGGCCCCUGUUCUGAAACAACUGGCCACCACCAUCCAAGAGCAAGCAACAAUGAACGGGAAAACCAACUUGACGGCGUUCACAUCAAAUAAUGAAGAAGCGGCCGAAGAACCAGGCCUUGAGUUGUCGAUGCUUGGUCGGCCUGUGUCAGCCGCAGAUGUAAUUUGA